GUUGCAGUGGCGCUUCCGACUGUGGGAGCCUCGGCUUCCCAGUCGUCCGAUGAGCCCGAGCAGCUGAGUCCCUUCCCUGUUUUUCACUCUUCUGGCAUCGGUGGUUUUACUUCUUCUUCGAUUGAACCCUGCUUCCUCGACCCCCCAGGGAGGCCGCCUCAUUAAGGCGCCUCCCUUCUCUCCACGAACUCGCUCUGACAGCUGAGGAACUGGCAAGAUCCUGCUACCCAGAGGGUGAAUGGGUAUCUUUCCCGGAAUAAUCCUAAUUUUUCUAAGGGUGAAGUUUGCAACGGCGGCCGUGAUUGUAAGCGGAGCCAGGGGCGCUUCAAGUCAUCAUCAACUCCUCCCUCACCUUCAUUCCCUACAUCAUCAAGUUCCUUUGUGUCUCCAUUUUAGAAGUUUAUCUCUAACCUUACUGCCAACAAACAUCUUGUCUGCUUUAUUUCACACCAUCCUAAGCUAGUUUCCCUGCCUCUCCCGUUUGUAACGCAUUGCUUGCUUCAACCCUAGUAGGCUAACGAAAAUGUGGUAGAUUUCCUCAGGUCACUAGUCUAUUCAAAAAUUUACAGUAUCCCUUCCACCCUGCCACACUCACUUUGAUUUCAUACCUUUCAACUGACUCUGUUCGUUAUCAUACUGUUUGUCUGAUAUUGUUUCAAUAUAAACAAUAUGUAAACAAUAUAUUGUUUCGAUAUAAAAUAAUUCUCUGUUCCAGUUGGGUUGCAUUCUUCCUUCUGAGAACAAACCAUACUGAUGCUUGCCUCCACAUGCUGUGUCUUUCUCCAAAUUUGUAUACCGUCUGUAUACAGCCUGUUCUCCCCUUACCCUCUCCUUUACGUACACCUGUUAAUAUUCUGCCUGCCCUUUAUCAAGGCCCACUUUAAGUUCUCUCAUCUCCAUAAGCUUUUCCAAAUUAUUCAAGCUCACGUGGAUUGGUUCCUUUUCCAUGCUUGUCCUUCACUUAAAGUUUGUGCUAUAUAGUUUAGCACUUUUUUUUCUCUGAUGAACUACUUUGAUUUCUUCCACCGGAUUAUAAGCUCUUGAAAGCACCAGAAAAGUGCCACUGUAAGCCAUGAGAUGUCUGGUCUGAAUUGGAAACCCUUUGUAUAUGGCGGCCUUGCCUCUAUUGUUGCCGAGUUUGGAACUUUCCCUGUGGACCUGACCAAAACGCGACUUCAAGUUCAAGGCCAAAGUAUUGAUGUGCGCUUCAAAGAGAUAAAAUAUCGAGGAAUGUUUCAUGCCUUGUUCCGAAUCUAUAAAGAAGAAGGUGUAUUGGCUCUGUAUUCAGGAAUUGCUCCUGCUUUGCUAAGACAGGCAUCAUAUGGCACCAUUAAAAUUGGCAUUUACCAGAGCUUGAAGAGAUUAUUUGUAGAACGUUUAGAAGAUGAAACUCUUUUAAUUAAUAUGAUAUGUGGAGUAGUGUCAGGAGUGAUAUCUUCUGCUAUAGCCAAUCCCACCGAUGUGCUGAAGAUUCGAAUGCAGGCUCAAGGAAGCUUGUUCCAAGGCAGCAUGAUUGGCAGCUUCAUUGAUAUAUACCAACAAGAAGGUACCCGGGGUUUGUGGAGGGGUGUUGUCCCAACUGCUCAGCGGGCUGCCAUCGUUGUGGGAGUAGAGCUACCAGUGUAUGAUAUUACGAAGAAGCACUUGAUAUUGUCAGGGCUGAUGGGAGACACAAUCUUAACUCACUUUGUUUCCAGCUUUACAUGUGGCUUGGCUGGAGCUCUGGCUUCCAAUCCAGUUGAUGUGGUACGAACUCGCAUGAUGAACCAGAGGGCAAUUGUGGGACAUGUGGACCUCUAUAAGGGCACUUUGGAUGGCAUUUUAAAGAUGUGGAAACACGAGGGCUUUUUUGCACUCUAUAAAGGGUUUUGGCCAAACUGGCUUCGACUUGGACCCUGGAACAUCAUUUUUUUUAUUACAUAUGAGCAGCUCAAGAGGCUUCAAAUCUAAGGACGUGAGCCAAACCCUGCCAACCUUUCUACUCUUCUUUCCCCUUUUUUUCUGUGUUCUAAUGUAUUUUGAUCAAGUUGUAAGUGUUUACUGAACCAUUGGUCUCCCAAGGCCCUUCUGGUGGAAGAAUGAUAAGAUGGUUCAAAAUUGCUUAUGUGUUUGUGUUGCCAUGUGAACUUUUCCCUGAGAGGAAGUAUUAACAUUGAGACUCUGGCCCCAGAUUGGUAUCUUCUGUGAAGAUGGAUACUGAUGGAUGAUACUCAAAAUGGCCUUCUCUUCAAAUGUGGGUUAAAUGUAGUUUGUUAGCCCCAGACUUGGGCUAGAGCAAAAGGCAUAGGCCAGGGCAAUUACUGCUAUGUAUGUUACAGACCUCAGUUCUCAUUAAAGUAUUUAUUGACAGAA